AUGAACCAACAAAACUACACUCAAUCGGACUAUUCCUCGGCCACCGCCUCGCAGGGAACGCUCAAUUACGCAUCAUAUCAGGUAAGAAUCAAGGUGGUCCUAAAACUAACUUUCGAAUUUAUUUUUUCUAGUACCCUGCUGGCACUAAUGACUUGCUGAACUAUGCGAGCUAUGCAAAUCCUUACGCGACGACUAACUACGCGAGUUUCAUUCAAAGCAAUGGGAUUUCUUCAAUUGGUAAGAAGACAAUUACAUUUUAGGGUUAUACACCUUCAACUUCUCUUAUUUUCCAGGCGUUCCUUCGCUUCCCUCCUCUGCUAACGUCUCCGGCUCUUCCCGAACCUCCAGUUCAACCGCAUCCACAAUAUCCGGAGCCUGCGGGUCUCCUGGAAGCACCACUUUCACCGGAUGCGGAGAUCAGAAGCUCACGGAAACCGAGUACUAUAGUGUGAUGGAAAAGAUUCGAGUGCAGGGAACGUACGGAACACAGAAACCGCCGUACUCGUACAUCUCACUAAUCUCCAUGGCGAUCCAAGUGUCGCCGGACAAAAAAUUGACACUCUCGGAGAUAUACAAUUGGAUUAUGGAUCGCUUCCCAUACUACCGGAGUCAUCAGCAGAGGUGGCAGAACUCCAUACGACACUCUCUUUCCUUCAACGAUUGCUUCGUCAAGGUUCAGAGGUUUGUGAUCGAUGCACUAUGCGAACACUUCAAACUCACAUUUAACCUAUUGCAGAUCUCCGGACAAGCCAGGAAAAGGAAACUUCUGGACGCUCCACGCCCUCUGCGGAAACAUGUUCGAGAAUGGAUGCUACCUAAGACGUCAGAAGCGCUUCAAAGUCAAAGAGCGCCAGCCGAGAAAAAAGAGAUCUGUGCAGCAAGUGAAUCCGGAGAACUCGCAGAACUUGGUGCCGAAAGUGGAGAUGAAAAAGGAGGAUGGGGACACGGAUCAGUUGAACUUCCUUGGACAAUCUAUCAUCAAGAGUGAAAUGAAGCAGGAGGUUCCUGCUGUUUCCUCUACUGCUGAAACCCUAUCCACCUUGACCCUAACGCCCACGUCUACAUCUUCUUCCUCUGUCAGUAGUUCGAACAUGACCCUCAAUCAGCCCGGCUCAACAUCGAUUGGCAACGCCACCACCACUGCUCUUGGAGCUCAAUCCCAGUUGAAUAUGAACAACCAGUACUCUCCGUACAUCUACGGAUCCACGGACUUCUCCUCGAAUCUGCUGCUACCCCAAUUCCCAACAAACGGACUUUAUACGCCGUCCGGAUCGUAUUUGACACAGGAUUACACUGGAUACUCUCUCUACAGGUUAGUGCCGAUACACCAUGUGAAAUUGCCUAAACGCUCAUUUUUCAGCUCGAACAACUUCAAUACCACCGCAGAUCUCUGA